ACUCCAUGGAUGCAGAUCAACAACAUAUCAGCUUCUUGGUGCUGCGACAUUGCCCUAGCUAGAAGCAAGGGAUAGCCAUGGCUACUGUUUCCAAGCUUCUGCUUCUCCUGUUUUACAGUUACUGUUCCCUUGUUGCUCAUGCAGGAGACAGUCCAAGCUACAUCACUGGUUCUAUCAAGACUGAAGCCGUCUGUUCCGAGCCGAAAGCCGCUCCGUCGAGUUCUGCCGGCGCCACGGUAACGCUGCACCAUCGGCACGGCCCAUGCUCGCUUACGCCCACGAAUCAGACGCUAAACGUAGAGAAGAUCCUCCUCAGCGACCAGCUCCGGGCUAGCAACAUCCAGCGGUUGCUCUCCGCCGCCGCGAACGCCACCGGCGACGCCCAGAAAUUGGAAGCCACCCUGCCGACCACCCUGGGAGCCGCCCUGGACACGCUGCAGUACGUGAUCAACGUCAGCAUCGGCACGCCGGCGGUGACGCAGACCGUCAUGAUCGACACGGGCAGCGACAUCUCAUGGGUGCACUGCAAGCCGUGCUCACCGUGCCACGCCCAGGUGGACCCGGUCUUCGACCCCAGCGAGUCGACCACGUACUCCCCCUUCUCAUGCGGCUCGGCCGCCUGCGCGCAGCUCGGCGUCGACGGCGGCGCCGCCGGCUGCUCGGGCUCCCAGUGCCAGUACAUCGUCAGGUACCUCGACGGUUCCAACACGACCGGAACCUACAGCUCCGACACGCUCACGCUGGGACCCAACGUUGUCCCGGGCUUCCAGUUCGGCUGCAGCCGCGCCGGAUCGGGCUUCGAGGUCGAGAAGACCGCCGGGCUCAUGGGCCUCGGCGGCGGCGCGCAGUCGCUCGUGGCGCAGACGGCGGCGACAUUCGGCCCGGCCUUCUCGUACUGCCUCCCGACCCCGCAGGCCUCCUCCGGAUUCCUCACGCUCGGCGCGCCGAGCGGCGGCGGCGGCAACUUCACGACGACGAGGAUGUUCCGGAGCAGGGAGGUCCCGACGUUCUACAUCGUGUUCCUUGAGGAGAUCAGGGUCGGAGGGACGCGGGUCAACGUGGCGCCGACGGUGUUCUCCGCCGGGUCGGUGAUGGACUCCGGCACGAUCAUCACGAGGCUGCCGCCGAGGGCGUACUCGGCGAUGCGGUCGGCGUUCAGGGCCGGGAUGCUCCAGUACCCGCGGGCGAAGCCGCUGGAGAUCCUCGACACGUGCUACGACUUCGGCAACCUGACCAGGGUCACCGUGCCGGCCGUCGAGCUCGUGUUCGACGGCGGCGCCGUCGUCGACCUCGACGUUCACGGGAUCAUGAUCUUCGACUGCCUCGCGUUCGCCCCCAGCGACGACGGCGGAGCCAGCUCCGUCCCCAGCAUCAUCGGCAACGUGCAGCAGCGGACGUUCGAGGUGCUGCACGACGUCGGCCGGGGCACCAUUGGGUUCCGGGCUGGAGCUUGCUGAUCAGCGCGCCAAUGCAUCAUGUAUACGAACGAGAUAUUUGUCGUUGCAGGGAGAUAGCAUGUUGACCAACUCUCUCGUGUUUGUGAGUUCGCUUGUGUGUGACGACGUAACGGGCGUGAAGUGAGUAAACGUAACCAUCACUCUAGUACUUCGAUUUUAUUACAUGUUUUUGUGCAUGAUUGCAGCAUGAUGUAAGCAUGCAAAUAAUCAAUCGAAAUAUAAACAUUACAGUCGUAAUGCGUGAAUAAAAUACUGUGCUUUUUAUUUGUA